AUCGGUAGAGCGAUCGAAUGGGGAAGAAGAAAGGAGGCAAGGGGAAGAAGGAGAAGUCAGAAGAUGGCCUUCCGCCACCUCCGGACCUCGAUAGCCAGAAGGAAGGUGCGCGGGAGGCGCUGCUAACAUUCAGGAUUCAGGGCAAGGAGGACUCAAUACUGACGUAUGAAGAGGAAGCGGAAAACUUCAAGGACAGAAAUUACCGCCAGAAAGAGAAGAACUACGACCUGCGGACGGUUCAGACGGGCUACAGGAAGGCGAUGCUGCAGCAGGCCCUGGAGUAUGAGAGCCAGGAGGCCGAAAAACAAGAGGUGACGGCCGAGGCAGUGGAGGAGGCAAUGCUGGAGAGACUGCAACUGGCCAGAGACAUGGAGACGGCGCUUGAAGAUCUUGAGGACACAAUAGUGGCAGUGGGGCAGAAAUUAGAGGUAGAGAGACGAGAAUUGGACAAGUGGCUGGAGUACAAAGAAGAAACUGUGCACACUGAAGAGACUCGCACACAAGAGAUGAAGCAGCAAAUGAAAGAGAUGAGGGACAAAGAGAUUCAAAUGGAAAAACAGAUCGGCUUCAGGCCACACCACCUGUCAUAUUAUCUCCUGGCAAAGUGGAUCUUGUGCUCUGCAUCCCACACUUUCUCUCACAGUGAGCAAGAGAGCAGAAUGGGAGAGGCCAGACUGGAGAUAGAGGCCAAGUGGCAGAAGAGGAUGGAGAGAGAGAAGGACAGGGUCUCUGAGAAACUACUUGACUCCAUGGACAAAGAGGGUCGGGCAGAAAUGGUGGACAACGGCUGGUUGAAAAGAGAGAUUGUGGCAGUCGGUGAGAUGGUGACAGAGCUGAAGAGAGAGGUGGGGUACUUGGAGCAGAGGAAUCUCCAGCUGCUGGAGGAGAUGCAGCGAAAACAGCUACAAGAGCUGGAGAUAUCCAUUGGUCUUCUGCGGGCCUCAACAGGGCACACUCGUAUCUCAUCAUCCCACGCUAUGGGAGAUAGUGGAGCGAGUCCCUCCCUCCCAUCUCUGGUGGACGUCAGCAAAAACACCACCACUUCCAGUGGAACUGCAGGGAGGCUGGGACAGGUAGAGAGACAGACCCUCCACAUCAGAGGGUGUGUGGCCCCAUUGGCCCUGCCCCCUGACUCCACCCACCUCCCUCCCCUGGCCCAGCAGAGGAGCUGUCACUCGGCACUCCCACCUCGUGGCACGUGGCCAGUCACUGCUGACAUGUUGGACUCUAUCACAUGACACUCAUAGCCUAUACAAAGACGUUAAAGUGCUUUUGGCGUUCUCUUUAUCCUAUCCCCCUAUGUCUCUAUAUUAGCCCGAAUACAUCUAAUCUCAGUGGUUAUAGCAGCCGGAAUGUACACUGACCAUAGCAGAUACUGCAGACACUCAACUGCAUCUAAAAUGUGUUCCUUUUUUCGAUGGAAUUACGAAAGGUUGAUGAAUUUGCAAUUGGGGUGCAUGUCGAUAUUUCACAUGAACCUAAAAAACAUUUUGCACAAAGUAACUAUAAAUAAUUAUGCACACACAAGUUAAAUCACGUGAGUUCAUUUGGUAGUAACUGUCAGUCGUGGUACGUAGCAUUGUAGUGACUACUUUACAUACAGCUCAACCAGUUCCACUGCUACGUUGUCUGAUUCUAUGGGAUCAUAUAAACACAUUCUCAGCUCGAGGUCAUCGGUAGUUGCCUGGCUGAGGGUUUUGGUGAAAUAUGGAGGAUUGUGGAAAGAACAACAUGAACUGGUGGAGUGACAGUCUCUCCCAUCCCAUAGAGUGUCACUGGAAUGGAGUCUGUUCUCUAAAGUUGUAUUCCAGGAGCCAGGCCAUUGAUAUCCAGACUCACAGAAGUAAUCAUCUCCAACAAAUCGUGGCACUUGUAUACUAUGACUAGCAUCACAUGGACACUGGGAAGUAUGAUAUGAUCGGUAAUUCUCAAAUGGUCCACAAGCAAAUGUCCAGAUGUGUUGUCGAGGUCUGCCGUGCAUUACAGCAACUCCGCUGAAGUAAGCAUCGUUAAUAGUAGUCUGGUCACCGUAACUAUAUCCAAGAAAAGCAUCGGGCAGUCCCCACUGGUAGGCUCUGAUCCUACCACACACCUGACUAUAUGGUCCUCCACUGACGGGAAAAGAAACUGGGUCACAAGUCAAAAAAGCAUUGCUAGCUCUGCCACAGGUUCUCUUGGAGUAUUCA